UUAAAUUCCUCCGCCGCCGCCGCUUUGCCUCACCCUAUUCUCAGAAGCUCCGUCUCCUCGACUUUGUUUUCUCUUCUCCUUUCUCCUGCAUUUGUCUUUUCUUCUUUUCUAUCUCGUCUUCCUCUCUUCUUUCUUUUCUCCUAUUGUAGAUGGAUUGAAGCUGUUUUCUCCUCCCUUCUCCUCUUCUUCUCACCGCCGCUCAUUGGUCAGAUCUUUCCCUCUGCUUGUUGCUCUCAAAAUCUUUAUUAUCUCUCCUCCUUCUUUCCUUCUCAUUCUUUGAUUUCAUUCUUAAAUAUUACUUUCACCUUUUUAUUGUUUUUCUUUUUUCUUUAAUUUUUUUUGCCCGAUUGAUCGGCUGAUACCAUGAGAGCUGCAUAUUUCUUUUCAAAAAUUAUUUGUAGCUUCAAACCUGGUAAACGAAAUCGCGGCUACCAUAGUCGGCCAUACACAAAAUAUGUAACUCCACGGUGGUCUUUUCCACUGAUCUUUUUUUUUCCGUUUCUUGGCUCCUUGGUUGGGAGACUGCUGUUUUUUGUCUUGCUUUUGAUUUCUUGACUUAUUUUUCAGUCUCAGAUAGAACUAGAAGUGAAGCGUCAACUGCUGCUUCCUCUCUAUUGUUUCAGAAUGCAACUAGAGUGUAGAUCUGUGGAGCUUUCAAUUUAUGCACUCUUAUUUUUCGUCUGAGAAAGAACUACAAGCACUGAAGCAUCUUCUAUCCAUUAAGGUAUGAAGGUGCACAAUCUGCAGAAGCCUUGCUCAGUUUGUGAACAGUGAAGAAGGUAAUGUUAUUGGUUAGCUGGCUUGAAUUUUGUGGUCCAUAAGUGUAAUCCAUGUUAACAAGUUUGAUAGAUUUACGUUAAACUAUAUUUUGGUAAAAGUGUUGAAUAAUCCAUGAAGUUGUUAAAAUCCAAUCCAUAUUACUUAUGAAGAUUAGAAAUUUACUUCACCUUAAGAUAUCACAACGAAGAAUUGUGCUGUGAUAUCUCAAGGGGCAAAAGAUCAAUCUUUUUUUUUUUUUAAUGUUUUCUAUAUUGGUUAAAAUCUACAAUGGAUUAUUUCAAGUUGUGAUAGCACUGAAGGCUACAAUUAAGAAACAGGUUAUGAUAGCACUGAAGGCUACGAUUAAAAGACAGGUACACCUUGAUUACCAUGAAGUUGGUGCUAAUAUCAUAAUAUCUGUAUCAUAUCAGGCCACUCUUCAAGGAUUUGUAGCUAAAGGGAUAUCAAGAGAAGAAGGUGAAGCUUUACUCAGGAAAAUUGUUGAAAUAGCAUGUGAUGUACGGGAUAUAUAUUAUGAUAAAGCCAGCAAAGGUUCUUGGGAUGUUAUUGGAGAUCCAAAAGCUUUAAACGUCCACUCCUUGUUGCUGCUUCUGUUGGAGGCUAUGGAGCUAAUCUUGCUGAUGGUUCUGAAUAUAGAAACUUUUCCUCUCGAGCACUUGCGAUAUUCUCAUGCAUUGCAGUGGCAUAUAUGGGGAUACAGUGACUCUGGAGACUUUGAAAGAUUUCCAUAGAAGAAGAGUUCAAGUUCUUGCCGACUCUGGUGCUGACCUGCUUGCAUUUGAGACAAUUUCAAACAAAUUGGAUGCUAUGAUAAUGGGGAAAGUGAAUAAAGAGAGGCUGGGAGAAUUCCUUGGGGAGUUGCAGAGGAAAGAGCAUACAAAUGACAGGUAUGUUGCUGUUCUGAGAGGGGAAACGUUGAUUAGAAACCCAUUUGUGAGAAUGCAACCUUUCCCAGACCAAAGCACAACUGAAGUUAGCAAGGCAUAGGAGUAGAUAAUGAGACUGCUGUUGGCAGACUUUUGUACCCAGAACUUUUUUCUAUUUUUUUCUCCCUUUUCACUACCAUUGUAGAGCACACUAUUAUGAAUGUCUAACGGUGACUUCUGAUUUACUGAUUCUUUAUCAUAAUGGGAUCACCGCAUGGAAAAUUUUGCUCCUGGUGUUUUAGCUUCAGAAUUUAUUUUUAGUCAGUUUAUGUAAACUAGGAAAGUGUACCACCGCAUGGUGAUUAUUGAUUUUUAUAUUGUUAGCUGA